AUGGGAACUCCUCGACUCCCUGGUCCGGACGGGAACCCAGGCGAUACUGUCCAGGCAUCCAAUGCAAAAGUUCACUUGAGACAUUUUGGAAGUGGUGUCAUCUUGUCCUCAAACAAGAAACAGCUUCCGCACUCAGCAAAGAUACUAUUGUCAAGGUGGAAGAUGUUGUUGCACAGGGGGUUAAGGAAAAGAGCUGGCACUUGUUGGAAGGCCAAGAAGAUGAUCAUGUACAUCGAAGAUCUUGCUGAGUUGGCUUGUGUUGUUCCACAAUCACUGAGAUGA